AUGAAGACGGGGAAAAGAUUGAUUUGUGCGAUAGUGGUGCUGCACCUGCUGGCGUUGCCAACGAAUGCUUAUAAAAGAAAUCCACUUAAAGAUCCUCGGAUAUGUGGCCGGCCCGCGUGCCCCGAGGCGAACACAAAGUUCCGGUACCACGUGGGCAGUCUGUACAAGUACGAGUACUCGAUGAUCGUGAAGACGGCGCUGUCCGGAAGCGGUGACAACACGUCGGAGAUGCACGUUUCGGCCGUGGUAAUCCUCGACUUUCACGCACCCUGUCAGGGCAUUCUGAAGCUUUCGUCAAUCGAAUUGCGCGAGCGCGCGGUACAGCCGACGGAAUCCGCCGAUCAGGACUACGCUGAUUACAACGCGCCAGAUUUGAGCGACACGAACGACGUACAUCCGAAGAGUGAAACGAUUGCCGACGAGCUAAUGCGGUUCGAUCUCAGGUUUGCGUACUAUGAUGGUACCAUUAGUGAAAUUUGCCACGAGGACGAUGAGCCUGUGUGGACGCUCAAUCUCAAGCGUGGCAUCCUGUCGACGCUGCAGAACACCAUGCCACGGUUCGACAUUGACUUUCCGACCGUGGAAACGGAUGUGUCGGGAAUAUGCGAUGUGGCGUACAAAACGAGCGGUCGCAAUGGGACGCAGCUGUUGUUUCACAAAGUGAAGGACAUCGCUUCGUGCAAGCGACGAUACAAAACCACCUCCUUCAUCCAGACCGUUCCGUACGACUUCCGACCGAAUUACGUUGCUUGGCCGAUCCUGAAUUCUUCCAGCUAUUGUGAUAUCUCGGUGGACGAUUUCGUCUACAAGAGCGUCAUCUGUUACGAGCGUCACCAAAUGGUACCGUUCUCGAAUGGGUUAGCCGGGGCCGUAACGGAAACCACCACCAGGCUUACGCUGUUCGACGAAGAAACGUACACGCAGGACGAACCGAAGGAGGAAAUUGACAUUCAGCGACGAUCAUCGCUGUUGUACGAUCACACACCAUCGCUGAGAGAAAGCCACGAUGAGAUCAAGGCAUCGCGCGACCUGUUGAAGCAUCUUUGCGCUUUCGGGUUUCCCAACAUCAAGCGAGACUUUCCGGACGUGUUUCUAAGCUUCCUGAGUGCCGCGCGUACACUGUCGAUGAACGCGUUGCACCAGCUGCUCUUCCGUUCGGGAAGUAUCUGCGAGAAUGGACGUAAUCACAUUCUGGAAAGUCUACCCUACAUCGGCAGUCCGGCCUCGGUGACGCUCAUGAAGGAUCAGAUCGUGAAGCGCGAGGUAUCGUCGGCAUUGGCGCGCAAAUGGAUGACUUCGUUUGCACACCUGAAGCGGCCGAACGAGGAAGUGCUCGAGUCGAUGCUGGAACUGAUCGAGCAUGGCAAAGCGAUCGGUGACAAGUCGUACUUCCUGGCGGCCACAACCGUCGUCAACACGUUCUGCCAGAUCGAGUACGAGUGCGAGGAAACGGAGACCGUCCAAGCGAUCGUUCGGACGCUCGAAAAGGAGCUGCUGGAGCUGAUCAACGAUCUUGGAGAGGAUCGGGGAAGGAGGGACACGGUGGUUGUGCUGCUGAAAUCGCUCAGCAAUAUGGGAGUGGUGGAUAAGGAGUUCAACUACGCGCUGCGACGCGUUAUUGAAAACGAUGAAUAUCCGCCGGAGGUGCGAGUCGAAGCUGUCAACGUAUUCCGGCGCCACGAUUGUCUUCGCACAAAGGACUACUUCCUCAAGGUGUACUCCACGUUCGAGAUGGACGUCGAGGUGCGCAUUGCGGCGUACUUGCAGGCGAUGCGCUGUCCGGACUAUCUGUCCGUGAAGCUGAUCAAGCACGUGCUGAGGACAGAGGAAGUUAAUCAGGCCGGCUCGUUCGUGUGGUCUCACCUGAGCAACCUUGCCAAGAGUGCGUCGCCGGUGCGCGUCGAGGCGCAGGGUUUGUUGGCCGAGAACGACUUGGGUAAAAAGUUCCGUCUCGAUAUUCGCAAGUUCUCACGCAACUACGAGCAGACGCUGUUCUUCGACGAGUACAACUUUGGCCUGACGGUCGACAGCAACGUGAUCUUUGGCACGACUUCAUACCUGCCCCGCACGAUCCGCCUAAAUCUGACGACCGAUCUUUUCGGCGAGUCAAUCAACUUUCUCGAGCUUAACCUGCGCACCGAAGGGCUGGAAGAUUCGGUUCAGGAAAUUUUUGGCCCCAAGGGCUCUCUGAGUGCCAAGAUGGUGAACGAAAAGUUAAUGAAAGCGCUGAAGGUGCUGCGCGCAUAUGUUCCGGCGCGCCUUUUGGAGCUGUUCGAAGACGAGCAGCAGUGGAGUGACGAGGUGGACGGUGCCGAUGGUGAUGAUCGACGGAAACGUGAUGCAGAACGGCAGCCGAUGAUCAUCGCGCGCGAGAUUCAGGACGAAGCCGAAAAGCUUGGCUACCGGUUGAAGAGCAACUUCAGCAGACCGCAGCUUACGAUUGGCGUGAAAAUUUUCGGCAACGAGAUGCUGUACCUAACGGAGGGAAUGGAGGUGCUGCAGCGUGAGAUCAAGUGGAAGCUACUGAAGGAACUCUUCUCGGGAAAGGAAGUGGCGUACACGAAGUCGGGGGUAUUUCUGGAUACUUCCUACGAUGUUCCCUUGAGCUCUGGAUUACCACUGGGGCUGAGCAUCAUCGGUGCUUCGUCCGUCGAUCUGCGCAUGACCGGCAUGGCACGGGCAUUCGACUUUUGGCGCCGACUGGUCGAUCUGGAGGGUAAAAUCAAACCGAGUAUAACGGUCGAUAUGACGGCCACGAUGAAGUGUGACUUUAUGUACGCUGUGACGGCGAUAAAGGUGAAAUCUAACCUCUACUCCAGCUCGGCUUGGGAAGCCAAGUUGAAGGUGCGUGGCAACGAUUUAGCUGUGCUGCAGGUUAGCUUGCCACAGGAUCGCAACGAAAUACUGAGCGUUCGGUCGGAGAUAUUCGUGCUGGCGGAAGGAGGACGCGAGAUACGGCAGGCCGGUAUCGAACGGCGAUACAGCAAUUCGACGUGCACCUGGCCAUUUAUCGACCAAGCGAUCGGAUUGAAGCUGUGUGCCAACUACAGCCUACCAGACGUGAGCAGCACUAGCGAGCUGGAGGUGCCCAGUUUGAUCCUUAGUGGCCCGGUUAGUUUUGACGUCAGCCUGGAGAAGGCCGACCUGACAGCGAAGGUGUUCCUGCUGAAGUACACCUGGGACGGACAGCACAACCAAUCGAUCGGAACCGUCACGUUCGAGACGCCUUUCUCUCAGGUUCCGCGCAUUUUCCGAGCGAACGUCACAUUGGAAGCACACCGCCAAACGGCCACCAUGUCGUUCGUGAACGGGAACAUCUCGCACAAGGCGAUCGGGAUGUACGUCAGCAAUCAGGACCAGAAACGGUUGGAGAUGUCAUUGAACGUGAACGAUCGGAAGUACCUGGCGCUGGAGAUGGGGUACAACAAGACGAUCGCACGCAACGGUCGCAUCUACCACCCGACGUUCUAUCUGUCCGUGAACAACGAACGCAUCGCAGGAAUGGGCGGCCAAGUGCGGCAAACCGAGAAGAACAACAUCACCCAGUGGGACUACACGGUAGUGUUCGAGACGAAGCGACUGCGGGCGAAAGCGAUCGGUUACGUUUCGAUCUCGUACAACGCAACCUACAUGAUACACAAUUCCAUGGAGUACAGGUUUUCAGCGAGUAAACUGGAAUACUUGGUAGUUAACGCGAUGGCUGAGGCCGUCAAAAAAGAUGUGUCGACCUACAACGUCAACUUUGACCUCCGCUCGAGCGCCUAUCCUCAUUUCGAUGUGGCCAUUAAUGCGACCUAUCUUGAAGGGACCGGCCGCUGUGAUUUCCGGCUGCUGCACAACAACGCACCGGACCUGAAGAAUGCUGCCUAUACGACGACGCUCAAAAUCAUAUUCGCGCACGACAAUCCGUUGCGCGGGAUCCACGUGAUCGACUCGCAGAGCCUGCCGCCGGCGAACGAUCUGUUCCGCGAGCGUACUAGUUUGUCGUUCGAAGUGACACGACCACGUUCACGGACUGAUUUGAAGGCAUCCAUUAUCCACGAAAAUCUGUCAAAGAAGGGAAUGGAACACAGUGUUAGGUUGUUGGUGCGCUACGCCCCGAAACAGGAGGUGAUUGGGGUAGUGUCGUUUUUCGUUCCGCGUAUUCAGUUUUUCUGGUUCGACGGGGCGUUCAACUUAACUGUUCCAGGGUUCCAUCCAUUCACGAUCAAUCUGCGGGUGAAGGAAAAGGCUCUCAAGGAACACAGUUUCGAUUUUAAAGGUGUCUGGUUUUCGGCACACGCCCUGAACAUUAGCGGAUGGUACAAGGAUCGUAGUUCGCUCGUAAAAAGCUAUCACCAUGCGAAACUGGUCGCCCAGACGGGCCCAACGUUCCGGGAGGUGCUGGGAGAUUUGAAGUACAUUCACGAUGAGCACGACAAUCGACUGGACCUCAAGGCGAUGUACGAUAAGCGUCCAUACGCGAUCAUUUUGCACCACAAACAGCAGCCCGAAAAUGGGACCAGCAGCUACGCGGAGUUGCGCUGGAACGAAGGAUCGUACUGGUUCUCGGCGUUGAUGAAGUCGGCACCUAUCAAACAACUAGACUUAGAGUUGCACAUUGACAAAAUACGAGAUAUCAGUGUUGCUCUGCGUGGUUAUUCUACUUCGCUGAAGCGCGAAGUAGGAAUCGAGUUCAAAUGGGACGCCAACCGGGACCCCACCCAACGGGUAGUUAUUUCCGGGGAACUCAAUAGCCCGACAGAUCGCACAUACGAUGGACUGUUUUUGCUGUCCUAUCCCAACCGUACGUUCAGCGGAACGUUCGAUUUGAAAAUGAUCGAUCCGCGCUAUCUCGCCAAUGCGCGCAUCUCGUGGAACACCACGGAAGCGAUCGAGCUUCGACUGGACGCAGGGACGGACGAUGAUAUACUACGCAACAUGUGGCUCCUGUUCCAAUUCAACACACCGUUCCACGGCUGGCGUCAUAAUGCACUGAACGGAGGGUUUUACUUUAAGAACAAUUUACUCCGGACCAACCUGUCCGCGUACUGGGCCGAGGAUCAGAACCUCGGCCUAGAGCUGAUGGGUUACUACAGGUCUAACGAAACGGAUGUCAAUUGCGAGCUGGAGACGAAGCUGCACAGCUCCAUCCAGCACGUGCCGACGGUAAUGCUCCACCUGAAGCACAAAUACGGACAGAAACGGUUCGAAACCAUCUGCACGUUCAACCACACCGUGACGGACGAACCCCCACAGGUGUUUUCCGUUCGCUCGAACUGGCAGUACGAUACGGACAAACGGCACCGCAACGUGAGCGGCUCACUGAAGAUGAUCAGUCCGUUCGAGGGCUACCAAACGGGAGCGCUCGUGGCAAAGGUCUCGCUGAGCGAGAGUCGAGCCAUCACGGGAGCCGCCGAUCUACAGCUGGGUGAGGAAAAGUACGAAACCGUCGUCGAGGGCCACGUCCGCAACCUGGUCGACUGUAUGCUGACGGCGAAUGUGACUUCGUCGAAUGUCAACUAUCGCAACAUUAAUGGCCGUUUCGGUAUUAGCGAAAAGGAUCGUCAUCUGGUGGCGGAAGUUAUAACGCCCAAGAGUGCGCUUGGCGUCGAGGUACUGUAUGCGGUGGUGUCCUCGCAAAACUUUGACAUCAAGUUCCACCUGGCCACGCCGCUGAAGGACCUGGAGAAGGUGAUUCUGCGUGCCAAGUUGCAGCUGGAUAACAUCGACUUUCGGGUCGGAAUGAACAGUAUCGUGCUCGGGUGCACGGGUGUGUGGCGAAAGAUGCAUCUGAAGGACUUUGAGUACUCGUACCGGGUUUUCACACCGCUGCCGAAGUUUGAAGAAAGUGCGCUGAUCCUGAAGCUGGUAAUCAACAGCGAGCGGCCCGAGUAUGUAGAUGUCGAGUUUUCGGGCAAGUUUUCCGACUAUCGAUUGGGCCUGAAAGCGGUUUCGAAGCCCAAACCAAAGCUCAUACGGCAGUUACUGUCGCAGACGGCGUCUUCGAUGGUGGAGGAAGACCCGUGGAGCGUCGAGGCCAAAGAUGAAGACGACGAAGACUACGAGGAUGAGGAAGAAGAUGAGCAGAGCUUGCUAAACUUCAUCGGCGACAUUGAGCUGUACACGAUUGUCUUUCCGACGAUCGAGGGUACGCUAGAGCUGACGCAGUUCCGUUCGGAGUAUCGUGCCAUAGGGAAAAUCAAGCUUCCUCAGGGUUCGAUCGAUGUACGCGAUCGCUUCUUCCUAAAGGAUCUACUAAACAUACAGAACAGCCUACGGUUGAAGACUCCUUUCCCGGUGGCGCAGGAAAUCACCUCGGACUUUGUGCUCAAGUACGCGUACAGUGCGACGGACGUUACGGUUGGCAUGAACGUCAAGUUCAAUAACCGCACCGAGUGGGUCAAGACAGGCUUCCACGUCAACUACAAGUAUCAUCUGGACGAGGCCGAAGUACACAAGCACCAGGCACUGGUGGACCUGAUGACACCGAUGAAAAACCUGCAGAAGGUGUUUCUGAACGGUUCGCUCGAACUGGAGGAUCACAGCUACAAAGGCAAUUUGACUGCCAAAACGAUGACCACCGAUGCCUCGUUAGCGGUCUCGUUUGAGAGUGAGGAUCAGUUUAUUGACACGUUUAUGAGCGUGUGGGUGCGGGCUCCUCUCAUGCCGUUCUAUGCGUGUCGUGUAUUUUACAAGCAGGACUUUUCCAGUACAGAAAACUCGAUGGACGUAGGCUUUGUGGUGAACGAUGGCGAUCUGUACAGUAACAAUGUUUGA